GUCGAUUUGACUUGUUACAUUCCCAUUUGAUCUAAACGACGAUAAUGGCUAUUGAACUAGCACCACUCACCCUCCCCGUCUCUGCCAAUGUUACCGAUUUUGACCCCACUUUUGGUCGGGAAGUCAAGGGCGUGAACCCUGGCGAACUCACUCCUGAGCAAUUCAAGGAGAUCGAGACAGCUUUGUACACUCACGGAAUCCUACUGUUCAGAGAUGUUUCUCUUACUCCGGAACAACAGUAUGCUUUAACAAAGGCCUUUGAUCCCGAGUCUGAAUCAUACGGGCAUGGAAACAACAAGACCCAGUCGACCAAGAAGUCCAUUCUUCACCCAGACCUUAAGACAAUUCCUCGUGUACCCCAAGUUCAACUGAUCGGCAACGGCAUGGUCUACAACCAUGAAGGUCUAGAAUCUGCUGCUCUCAAACACCCCUCACACACGACCUUCCACAAGACUCGUGUCUCUGCUGAAGACGAGGCUUUGGGCUUCACCCGAUUCUAUCGCUGGCACAUCGAUGCGGCGCUGUACGAUUAUAACCCACCGCGUGCAACCACCCUCUAUGGCAUCACCGUGCCUGGUGGCAAUAGGCAGACUGUCAGGUAUAGCGAUGAUCCAUCCGGGGAGACCCUAUCCGUACCUCUGGGGACCACAGCAUUUGUGACCGGAAAGAAGAUAUUUGAGAUCCUACCGCCUGAAUUGAAGAGCCUCGCCGUCCGGACUUCUGUCCGGUAUGCACCCCAUCCUUACGUCUGGAUGGCACCUGCCCGUGCGAAAUCAGAUGGUCUAGGAAUUGAGAACGAAGGUCUCGAACUGCCUCUGAACGAACUUCCAGAGUGGGAGGAAUCAAAAAUUAAAACGUUGCCUAUUCUUUGGAAGAACCCCGUCACGGGCGAACUACACUUCCAAGUUCAUCCCUGCGGUGCUCAAGAACUCAUAGUGGGACCCUUGCCCCGUGGUGCUUCGCGUGAAGGUGCUUUGUACCCCGAUGGAGAGCACAUCAAGGACCUUGAAAAGGUUCGCGAGCUUCUGCACUUGAUGCAGCGGCCCGGUAUCGCGCCGGGGUUGGUGUAUCCGCAUGAUUGGAAGGAACGAGAUCUUGUCUUGUUCCACAACCGCGGUUUACUCCACACCGUCGUCGGUGCUUUCAAGCCCGAUCAAGUCCGCGCAUUCCAUCAGUGCAACCUCGCUGCGUCUGAUGUUCCCACCGGUCCUACGGAGCAGGACAUCAUCGCCUGGGCUUAAAGGGCAAGCACGAGUCAGCUCUUUAAUCGGGGGCAUAUAUGUAUGAUACUACGGAACUGUACGAUACCGAUAUGACGCUCGCCUUCUCACAAUAUUCAUGCAUAGAUAUUCGUUUCCUGCAAUCAAUGUACUCAUCACAAUGGACUACCUGGUCAAGUUGUAUCCAAACUA